AAGGAAAAAGUUUGCAACGCGAGGAUCAGCAAUAGCUUCAAACUUGGGGUUUAGCUUUAGAAUAAUAGUGUGCCUGCAACACCACUUAACAAAAAAAUCUUAUUUGGAUUGGAUUGAAAGCGUGGAGGACUGGACUGAACAAAAUCCUUGUUUAGAAAAUUUUUGUGUCAGUGAGCCAGCCAUAAUGCAAUUUGUGAUUUGUUCCUCUCAGAGAGCGGUGUCAUUGAUGAAGAAUUCAGAUUAAAGUUAUGUCCUAUUGUUGGCUGUUGUGAAGUUGCAGAAUUACCGAUUCGCUACAUUAGCAAACCAUUGACGGCGUAUCAAGUCUUUGUGUUAUUAUUUACUUGUAAAAUAUAUAAUUGUAGCACUGCAGUGUUAGCAUUUUUCCAUAGCACCAUCACUUCAUUUUUGUAGAAUGUGUCAUUUAUUAUGGUUCGGUUGGGAGAAACGUGUCACCACCACCAGUAACAAGAACCCAUAAAACUUAUUCCUGGUUGUUGUUGCCUCAUUUAUGCAGAGAUGCAACUCUUUCCAACUUUUUUUUUAUUGCGAGACGUAUAAUAAUAACACACCGCACCAUCAAGCCAACGGUGGCGUUUAAUUUUAAUCACAUAUCUGCAAAGUGAGAGUAAACCAAAUUUAAUAUCCUUUGAAAUCUGCAGUACCAAGUGCAUUAUUUAUUUGGAUGGCUUUGGUUGUUGAGCUACGUGGUAUUGUAUGGGGACAUUAUGUGGGGCAAGUUCUACUCCUCCAUUGAAACGCAAAUCCGACAGGAGUUUUUCUACCUUGACAGACAUCAAGCUAUUGUUGCACGCAAUAAAUAAUUAUCGUCGUUAUAGGCAAACUGAUCACUACUCCAGCCAAAAUGCCCCACAGGAUAAUUAUUAUUAGUGGGGUUGUCACACCUUGUACUACUGACUGAUUAGACUCCAUUAACUGAUUUGACUCAUUGCUGUCCAGACUACAAAGUGAACUAGUCGACUGAUGCUCAGAAAGGAGGGCAGCACAACUUGGUCACCACCCACGGAAUCCUUACUGGUUGACGGAGGGGGUGUUGACAUGCAGGGUGUGCCGCAGUUGCGAAAGGGGUUGCUCUUCCUCCUCGUCGCAGUCGUCUUUCUCGUCGCUCUGGUCACUCACUGGCGACCAGCCGAACGACCGCCUCCUUUCACGGCGACGUACGACCCUAAAUUCAAUGAAGUCACGGGUCCUGAGUCAAAUGCCGGAGACAGCGACGUAUUCACUUCGGUUGACCGGGAUUUUACGUCACAACAAGACAACUCUGAUCUCACAGACUUCAAAGUUCCUCAAAUUGCUCAACCUAAGCCGGAAGUUACAAGUGUUGAGGGAAAAACUGAGCCAAUAAGUACAACGCCUGACCCUGAUGACGUGUACAAAAAUGUCGACUCGAUAUGGACUUAUCGGUGCGAUGCUUCACGAGGUUGCAUCAGAGAUCUCUUGGGGGAAAAUGAGAAACCAGUAGAACCUGAGGUGUGUUGGUUAAAUUGCGGAAAAUAUGGGGCACUUUGGCCAUACCCCGUCGGAAUGGUUAAACUAGGCCAGUGUCUCACCAAGUUCUCAGCAAAUGCAAUUCACUUGACUCAGGCAUCCAUUCCUGGCGAAGAAAAUAAAGCAAGUCUAAUUCUAAAUGAAAUGUGGGAAAUUUUCAGAAAAAUGCUUGAAAAGCUUCAAACAAUAUCUUUCCCACAAUCGGAUUUGACGGGACUUGAGAAUACUGUAAAUGUCAACAUAUUUAUCUCAGAAGACAGCUACAAAAUCAAUUUGGAUACUGACGAGAGUUUCAACAUUCACAUUACAUCGUCCCCGGCAGACUGUGACUUUGAGGAACGAGUCCAGGUUUCAGUACAAAUCAACGCUACGAAUAUUUUUGGGGCUCGUCAUGCUUUAGAGACCUUGGGCCAAUUAAUUGCGUUCGACAAAUAUCAGAAAUCCUUUCAGAUUGUGAACGAAGUUGAAAUUGAAGAUAGACCAGCAUUUCCUUAUCGUGGCAUUUUAAUCGACACGGCCCGAAAUUUCCUUCCUGUUCCGGAUCUGAAACGUCUGAUUGAUGGAAUGGCACAUAACAAGUUAAAUGUGCUCCAUAUACACUUCACCGACUCAAACUCAUUUCCAUUUUACAGUCAAAGAGUGCCAAAGAUGAGUCUCUACGGUGCGUAUAGUGAAGAAAAAAUUUAUUAUCCCAACGCUAUGAAAGACUUGAAAGACUAUGCCUGUUCACGAGGGGUCAAAAUCUUGCCUGAGCUCGACGCUCCGGCUCAUGCCGGAAACGGAUGGCAGUGGGGGCCUUCUGAAGGCUUGGGUGAUCUCGCUCUUUGUAUAAACAAAUUGCCUUGGAGGCAAUAUUGUGGACAGCCAAACUGUGGUCAACUGAACCCAACAAAUCCGAAUACAUUUACAAUACUGGAGAAAUUAUAUCAAGAUUUCUUUGAAGUAUUUGACAACGACUUAUUUCACAUGGGUGGCGAUGAAGUGAAUGCAAACUGUUGGGAGUCUGAGUUGAAGUGGAAUAAAAACGACGGCAAUUUCGAUUUUAUUUCGACUUGGGGAAAGUUUCAACAAGAAGCUUUGGAACGGUUAACAAGAGCAAAUAAUGACAAACAUUUAAAAGCAAUUGUUUGGACGAGUGGGCUCACUGCUAGAUCAAAUGGGAGAAAAUUUUUAAACUCGUCAUCCUACAUCAUUCAAGUUUGGGAUGGAAACAGGCAACUGGUUCGCGAUUUGUUGCAAGAAAAUUACCAACUCAUUAUGUCCAAUAUUGAAAGUUCUUAUUUGGACCAAGGAGCUGGAACCUGGUUGGGACAAGAGCACGUGUACACGUACAGAUUGUGGCAGAAAUUUUAUGACAACCGACUCCCUUCAUUUAUGAUGAACUUCUCCCAAGACGUGGCAAAAAAGCCAUCACAACGACAAAUGUUGGGGGCAGAAGGAACUCUUUGGUCAGAGAAAGUGAAUUCUCAAAAUAUGGAUUCAAAAACAUGGCCUCGUGGAGCAGCGAUGGCAGAAAAUUUGUGGUCUAAUCCGGAUUCAAGAUCUCCAUUAGUAUAUUCCAGACUCAAUCAUCACAAUCGUCGACUCAUCAAAUUCGGCAUCCAUUCUGAUCAGCUUCAGCCAGAAAGUUGUUACUUGCUUCAAGGUCAUUGUGAUGACCCUCACAACCCAAUUUGAUAUCGAUUGAAUUUAGUGUGUGACCAUUACGCGUACGUUUUGGGGGCCAUUGAGUGAAUCGGAUUUAUUCCUUGUCUGCAUAAUCUGUGAUACUGAUCUACAUAUGUUCUAAUUUUGUGAUGUUAGUUAGUAUGUAUAAACUACAAUAUAAUUUUGUUGAACAAUGUUGUCCUUGUUGAUUGUAAUACAAAUAUAAAUGUUAAAAUGC